GAAAGGUGAGAUGCACGUGCAACAAAGGCAAACAACGCAUCAGCAGAGCUUCACAGCUGUUUGGGACGUUUUCUUGACUUCUUUUUUUAACUCGAUUGCACCUGGAGACAACAGAAACCCUGGGUCCACUCCGAGUCAGAGCAGCAGAGCAGAUGGACCAGGGAUCCAACCGGUCAGGAGUGGGCAGUGAUUAUAUUACAGAUGAGUCAACAUCUAUGGUGGAUGUCAGGUGGAGCUCUGAUGAGGAAGAGUAUCAGUGGCGUUCACAUGUGCUCCCCCAGGGCUCCGACCCUCAGGGGCCGUGUCUCGCGGCACCUCAGACUCCUCUGCCCAACUACAAACAGAGGUUUGAUGAAUUUAAGAAGCUGUUCAAAGAGCUGCCGGAGUCAGAGAGACUCAUAGUGGACUACCCGUGUGCCCUCCAGCGGGACAUCCUCCUUCAGGGACGCCUCUACCUCGCAGAGAACUGGCUCUGUUUCUACAGCAAUGUGUUUCGUGGUACGAAGAUUGUACUGACUCUUAAAGACAUCAUGGCUAUGACCAGAGAGAAAACCGCUCGUCUGAUUCCCAAUGCAAUCCAGAUCUGCACAAGCACAGACAAGUUCUUCUUCACAUCCUUCUCGGCAAGAGAGAAAAGUUACCAGAGUGUUUUCCGCAUGUGGCAAAACACACUGUUGGACAAGCCUAUGACCUGCUUGGAGUUGUGGCAGAUGGUUAAACAGCAUUAUGGGCAUGACCUGGGCCUGAGCCAUGAAGAGAUGGAGAACUUACAGAUAUCAGCAGAAUCGAGCAUGCAGACCAGCCUGUCACCGAGGCCUGGUGGUGAGGAGGGGAGGCUGGAGCGCCCCCCGACCCUUCGCCUCCCUGGGAUGGAGCAUUCGCCUUUAGAGACCUCAAGUCCUCAAGGGGAGGACCCGCCGUCUCCUCUCGGCUUACUGAACCUUCCCAACGUGGACGACUCUCGCAGCCCCUCGACUCCGCGGCGCAGCCCCGUUCCCUCGCUGCUCCGCCUCGCCACGGACCGGGAUUCCAAGCACUCCUCACUUUCUCUCGACCUCAACGCCAACGAGAACGACGCGUCCGAGCAGAGCGGUUCAGAAAGCAUCGAGGAUGGUAUGGAGGAGCGAGUGGGUUUGACCCAGGUGCCGGCAGGUCGACUUUAUCUAAACAAAGUGUUCCACAUUAGCGCACAAAAGAUGUUUGACCUGCUCUUCAGCGACUCCAGCUUCCUCCGCAGGUUCAUGGACAUCAGGAAAACAACCAACGCCAGCUCUACUGCUUGGCAAAAAGACGCCGCCGGAAACAUGAAGAGGACUCUGACCUACACAAUAACCAUUAGCAACCCUCUGAUUGGCAAGUUCUCCACCGCUACGGAGUACCAGACGUUGUACAAAGAAUCCAGGGAUGGUCAGUAUUACCUCCUGGACUCGGAGGUAUACACUCACGACGUUCCCUAUCACGAUUACUUCUACACUCAAAAUCGGUACUACAUAAUGAGUAACUCGAAGCGGAAGUGUCGACUAAGGGUGUAUACAGAUGUGAAAUACAAGAAGCAGCCAUGGGGCCUGGUCAAGUCCUUCAUCACCAAAAACUCCUGGAGCGGCAUUGAAGAGAAUUUCCGACAGCUCGAGGCAGAACUGCUGGAGGAGGAAGCGGAGCUGAAUCAAGGAGGUGGAGACUCUGGGAAGAUGGGCGGGCUUCGGAGGAGGAGGCGGACUUAUAGCCGGACUAUGCCAGAGCACAUGAAGCCCAACAAGCAGUACGGGCAAGACCCUGACCAGCACAGAGAUGGCAACAUGGGCCCCAUGGAAAUGAACGGCAUGCACCGAUGGAACACCACGACAUUAGUGGCUGGGAUGAGUGUGAUUUUGCUGAUUCUGACUGUGAUGAAUCUGGGUCUGUUCUUCAAGUUGUGGGCCAUGGAGGACGUCGCCAACCGCAUGUACCUGAGCACAAAGCAUCGGCUGAGGGAGAGGAGUGAGGCCAGCUUGGCCCCUGAAUAUGCGCCCAGACAGGGACCAGGGUAUCGGACCAUAGAGGAUGCGCAGCUGCUAAAAACUGUGCUGCAGGACUCCAUCAACCUUUUAGAACAGCUCCGCAGCUCUCUGGUGGUGCUGCAGCAGAACUUUGCUUUGGCCAAUCGCACGGCAGCACCACAGUGAUACUCCAUCACCUGGCGACUACAGCGUGCCUAUCCCCGGCCCUGUGGAGGGAAUAAAAGGACGACAGUAGUGAACUGCCUCUGAGGAAAUCUCUGGUAUCCAGUGACGUUGCCAUGUAGACGUCCCCAUGUAGACGUCCCCAGACCCCUGACAUGCCAUGUGUUGCCAGCGGUUACGCGUCCCAAAGCCUGUGGCGGGGCAUCAGGUGCCAGGAUGUUUUUAAAGCUGCGGACUGACUGCUGCGAGGACAAAGUUGCAUCAGAGUCGGCCGCACAUGAAGCAAUGGGUUUAGAUUUCUGUCGGGUGCUAUUGUUGGAUCCAUUAGCUGGCUUCUUUUUCACUCUUUCCUUUAAAUAGUGGCAUUAGAUUUCAGAAAACGCCUUCCUAUGUUCUGAUGAGCCACAUCAAGUGAACUAGUUUUAUUUUUGUUUUAUUCCAGGGAAGUGAAUCAAUAUUAUUUAAAACGGCUAUUUUCUUUAUUUACAUUUUUUGCACAUUUUAUCAUUUUUUGCACAAGUGCCUUGUAGAGGCCGUGUUUUAGAUAUCUUUUGGGAUUUUUUAUUUUUUUCCAAUAAAAAUUGUAGAAUCAGUGACUCAUUUGAAAGGUUGUCCUCUCUUUUGUAAUCAUGAUAAUUCAACUUUUUGUAUAUGUAAACCGCAGGAGUGGUUGCAACAUAACAUUUACAAAUUGCAAAUAGGAAAAUAUCUUGAAUUUUGUAAUACUGUAUAUGAGCCAAAUCAUGUCUACAGAAGAUACUGCUGAUGGUGUGCCUUUUUUACUUGUACAUGUGAAAUCAGUUUUAUGUACUUUCUUUUUGCUUUGCUGUUUUUUACGCUGAACCAAGUAAAAAAACUAUGAUUUGGUGUAACUUGAAAUACUAGGUGUAGGUUCGGUGAGACUAUCUCAGGUUAUCUCGGCACUAUGCUCUCACUCUGUCAGCACUAAGUUUGUUCUGUGAUUUCCAAAUUGACAUGAACACUAUCGUCAUUUUUUUUUAACGAAUUGUUGGUGACACGCUACUACAAUUGCAUUGAGCCUUGUUUGAUGUUUACAGUGUUGCCAUCAUCCUUGUCUGUGUGCAUACAUUUGUUCAGCUGCAAGCGACCACUUGUUAAAAACUGGUUUCUGUUUUGUACAUUUUUAGCCAUAUUGCAAUUAACUAUUUUAAUAAACAAGAUUUCUUGAUAAAAUCAUGUCUUGUUCUGCCAACAUUUUAAAAUGCAAUAUGUUAGAGCUGCAAAUGAUUAUUUUCAUGAGUGAUUAAUUGGCCAAUUAUUUUCUUGAUGAAUUGUUAUUGUCUAUAUUGUCAAUGUCUAUAAAAUUGUGGAAAAUGUCCAUCACAGCAGCUGA